AUGAACAACACGAGGCACCCGAGCGCUGCCUCAUACAGGAAGAGGAAUAAAGUUCCUUCUUUUCAUUCUUCUUCUUCUUCUUCAUCGAAGGAUGAUUCAAAGAAGAAGAAGAAGAAGGAUGACGACGACGACGAUCAGAAAUGGCGUAAUGCUGCUGCUGGUACUGGUUAA